AUGCCAAUUUUAUACACGAAGGUUGCUGUUAAACCGGGCAUGCUCCUAUCCUUUGCAUGCACUGUGUAUAAGUACCCACACCUCCUCCGGCGCAUCCAGAGCCUAACAGUCCACGACCAUAACACGAUUGAUUCGACAGAGGCUGAACACCUGUCAUGGGUAAUUACUCUGUUGGAGAACCUGAGCGAGCUGAUUAUCAAGGGAGGAUAUACUCAGUUCUCCAUGGUGCCAGGGGACUUGGUGCUCCGUCACAGCAAGCUAUAUGUCAACGCGCUUCAAUCGCCUUUGCUGGGAAAACUCCGGAAUUGCACUCUGAGUCUCGGCCAGGGAGACCCCUGGGACAUGGCAGACCGCGAAUGCAUCUUCACCCAUCCCAACCUCCGCAAUCUGACGAUCAUCGGCGCCCAAAUGGACAACUUCCACUCCUUCACAGAGCACAUCAAACGCACCUCCCCCCUGGAAGGACUCUUUCUGUACUGCUGCGACCUCAGCCCGGUGACUCUGCACAAGAUCCUCUCCGUCCCUCGCAACCUCCAAUCCUUCACAUAUGUAGGCGCCCGCCAGGUCGGCGCACCCCUGUACACAUCACCCCGUCCCGACGAGUACAUCGCAGCCAUGCAAGCCCAAGCCGCCUCUCUCAAGACCAUCGCCUUCCACCCCUGGAACUUCACACUCCGCCAGCCACAUGCUAUCACAUUCUACCGCUUCACUGCACUGCAGUCACUCACAUUCAUGCCGUUCUACUUUCUGACCCGGGAGAACCCGCCGCGAUGCCUCAGCCUCACCCCUCUGGUCGAUAGCAGCUUCCCCGCCAGCCUGACCAGCCUGAAAAUCCUACAACGAGACCACAGGGUUAUAUCGCCCGUGGAGAACGGCAUGAUGGAUCGACUCGCCAGGGCAUUCCACGCCGGCGCGCUCCCGAACCUGCGGCUGGUGGAGCUCUGCGUCUCGCUGCAGCCUGUAAUUCCGAAGCGUCUUCCUGACCUACCGCGGGAUUGGGAUCUGUAUUUCCGGGGACGGGUAUGCGUCAAGAGGGGGUCGUUCUGGGCUAUUCAGCAGCGGCCGCUGGGAUGUCACUGUUGUGAUUUUGAUGUGUAUAAGGUUUUUGUUGAUAAUUGGGCUGUUGAGGUUGCUCCUCUGCCUCCGGGGUUUGAUCAUUGGUUGAGCCAUCAACUCUUUGGGUAG